CACGUGACCGAUUAUGUUUCGGCGGGAAUGUUCGACGGUUCGAAACGGGCUGCCAUUUUGAAUAAUAAUCACGGCAUGUUAACUUGCCUAAAAAAGCUUAUUUCUACCCAUUUAACUCCAAGAAUUUUAAACGAAAAGCCUGUGCCCAGUCACCAUGUUCUACCACACUUUUAUUCUUGCCAAGAAGGGGCCGAUGGCCAGAGUCUGGCUGGCUGCACAUUGGGAGAAAAAACUCAGCAAAUCUGUAGUCUUUGAGACUGAUAUAAAGUCCUCUGUGGAGAGCAUAGUCUCCCCUAAGAUGAAAAUGGCUUUAAGAACGUCUGGUCACCUACUUCUUGGUGUGGUGAGGAUAUAUUCCAGAAAAGCCAAGUACCUUUUAGCAGAUUGCAGCGAAGCAUUUGUAAAAAUCAAGAUGGCAUUCAGACCAGGUGUUGUGGAUUUACCGGAAGAUGGCCGUGAACUUGCCUUUGCUGCCAUUACUCUCCCUGAGGCUUUUACUGAUUUGGAUAUGACCCUACCAGAGCUAAAUGAUGUUGAAAUACAAGCACAGUUCACCCUGAACCAAAGCCGAAUAGAGGAGAUUACAAUGAAGGAAGACCUUGUUGUGAACCAUCAUUUGCUUGGUGAUGAGGGGUUUGGCGAUAUUCCAUUUGACCAGGAUGGAGAGAAGGAAAUUCUUAGGGAAGGGGAGGUCAUGGAAGACUCACUCUACCAGUCCAAAGACCUCUCAAAGAUCACCCUAGAUGAAACAGAAAACAAAGGCAUCUCUGAUUCAACAUUUGAGAGGAGCAAGAUUGACAUUGCUCUUGACGAGCCUAUAAGAGAUGACGGUUUUGGCGGCGAUGGCGUUGACUUCCUGGCCGAUGGUUUUGGUGAUGGCUUUGGAGGAGAUGCCCUGGUCCCUGGAAUAGAUGAUCUACCUACAGCAGCUGUAGAUGAGUUGGGUUUAGAGGAAGCCCUACAAGAACCUGUACCAGAAAUCAAUGAAACAGCUAACACCACAAAUGAACUGACCAUAGUACAGAAUGAGAUGGAAGGCUUUGUCCUGGAGCCUGUCGAGGUUGUUCAAAAGGGCAAGCGCAGCCGACGAAAGAGAAAACUCAUUGUUGACGAGGAGAAGAUCUUAUCAACCGAAGUGAUCAAAACCCAGCUCGCAGAUACCUCCGAUAUCGUCAAACCAGCCACCCUUGCUCCUCCCACCAAGACACGCAAGCGUCUCAAGAAAAGAUCUAAAGUGGAGGAACUGUUCGCGAACCCUAUGGUCGAGCUUUUUGCCGGGCCUCUGGUGGAAUGCUUUACUGAGAAUCUGACGAACAAGAUAGCAGAGGACUCGGCACAGAAAGAGGAGGAGGAAGAAUCCGAAGAGAAAAUGGAAGUUGAGGAUAUUGAGCCUGAUGUUCCCGAGCCCCACAAAGCCCCCAUAUCUUUUAACAAGAGCAGGGUAUCAUUUGCCGAGGAUCUACCACACGAAGUGCCGAUCGUUGACUUCGGCGGGGACGAGCUUACUCCGGAAAUCCCCGAAGAGACGAUUAUAGAGGAAGCGCCGACGAAAGAGGACGCCGACAAUACCUCGCAGAUGGACGAAGACCAGAACGAGAACGAGACGGAAGAGCAGUUCGAGAACAGAAGAUGGACCAAGCGAACGCAUCAGCUCCUUUCCGCGCUCAAAAAAGAGUUCAACAAAAAGAACACUGUGUGCCUGAACAGCCUCGUGCAGAAGAACACGAGGAAGCAGGCCGCGUACAAGUUCUACAGCUGUCUGCUAUUGUACAAGGAUAACAGCGUCAGUCUCUCACAGAAAGACUUGUUUGGCAACAUUAUGGUCAGCAAGGGGCCACACUUUGAGGUCGCGUGCUAAACUCUUGCUGCUCGCCAAGUAUUUCGACGGGUUUUAAAACAAGGGCGUCAUCCAGAGGACGUGGGCGUGUUUAUCACAUGCAUUUCAAAAUGCAUGCAAAUAAGGGAGCGUAUAAUAUCACGUGUUUGUCACGUGACGCGCCGUUGCCAAAAAAAAAGCGAGCGUAUGACAUUACGCGUUUUUCACGUGAUGUGCAGUCGGCAAAAUAAGCACGCGCGCGCUUUUCACGCGGCGCAACAAAAUUAACUUCUCACAUAUGCGAAAUACAACCUGCGCAGAUAUUCGCUUUUAUAGAUGGUCACGGUUCAUUUUAAUGCUUUUAUCUGUAUUUCUUUAUUUUCGUCAUCUCACUGUAGAUAAGUUUUAGCAUUUUUAGUAUCAUCCGUGUACAAAUCGAAGCUAUUGUUCUACUUAUAAAAUACAAUCGCGUCUACCGCCACACCUCGAUUAUUCAUGAACCCUUUACACGUCUGGUUCAAACAGGCAUUGAAUUGCUUAUCAUUGAAAGCCUGUCUGAAAUCAUUUCAGACAAAGGUUGAUUUCUCUAUUUAUAACUAGUCAAACAAGCACCUCCCGGACCUGUUGUUUAACCUCUUGAAUACUGACAUCCAUUAGGCGAACAACAUCUAAUCAUCGGACGCUUUCCAAAGUUUUUCAAAUUCUUCUAUCAAAUCCUUUAAUUAAGCCUCUUUAUCGGACGCAUUUUUUCCGUCUUGAGCAUGUUAUUUAUAUUGGAGGUUCGCCUGUACAAUUAAUAAUAGAAAGUAAAUAGAACAUUGUCACCGGUGGAGCUUAUGGUUUGUUAGCAGCAUUUACCAUGGGUUUCUUAGAAAUCGACUUAUUUUUCCUAGACGCCUGAUAGGCAAAAUGACCUACUCGAUGAUGAGUAAUAUCGAUGCAUGUUGAAUCAAUUAUUUUGAAAAUGUACGUAACUUGUAUAAACCUCAGAGUACCGAAUGUAAUAUAGGAAAUAAUAUUUGGUCUUAAAUAUUCAAAGUAUUCUUAUCAUGAUCACAUUGUAUGUUUUACUUUUAACGCUUGGGAAAUUACGUUUUUAGAAAUAAAAUUAUAUUAUAAUAGA